AUGGGCUCCAAGAAGCGGUCGCCCCAGCAUCCCGCCUCCCCAGCCGGCGGCGAGGUCGGCGCCCAGACGGCGGGGAAGGCCACGCCGGUGGCGGCGGCGCCGGAGUCGGUGCCCGUGGCGGUGGUGCCGAAGCCUCCGGACGUGGCCCCCUUCCUGACCAAGGUCUACGACAUGGUCUCCGACCCGGCCACCGACGCGGUCAUCUCCUGGAGCGCCACCGGCGGCAGCUUUGUGAUCUGGGACUCGCACGUUUUCGAGCGCGACCUGCUGCCGCGGCACUUCAAGCACAACCACUUCACCAGCUUCAUACGCCAGCUCAACACCUACGGAUUUCAUAAAGUUGAUCCAGAUAGAUGGGAAUGGGCGAAUGAAGGUUUUGUUAAGGGCCAAAAACAUCUUCUGAAGACCAUCAAGAGAAAGAAGAAAUCCUCUCAGGAUGUACCUAGCGAUCUGCAGUCGGUGCCUGUCAAAACUGCACCUGGCACUGAGAAUAUUGAGAUAGGAAAAUAUGGUGGCCUUGAAAAGGAGGUUGAGACACUUAAGAGGGACAAGGCCCUUCUAAUGCAGCAGCUUGUAGAUCUGAGGCAGUACCAGCAAUCAUCCAGCCUUGAAGUGCAGAAUUUAAUUCAACGCCUCCGUGUGAUGGAACAGAACCAGCAGCAGAUGAUGGCACUUUUGGCAAUAGUUGUCCAGAAUCCAGAUUUCCUCAACCAGCUCGUGCAGCAGCAGCGCAGGAGUAACUGGUGGAAUGAUGAUGGUAACAGGAAAAGAAGGUUCCAAGCUCUGGAACAUGGUCCUGUAGAUGAUCAGGAGACUUCUGGUGGAGGCGCGCAAAUUAUUCAAUAUCGUCCUCCUGUUCCUGAAACUUCCAAUCAACCAAUACCAGCAAAUGAAGCUAUCUAUUCAACCCAUGCACAACCAGUUUCAAGCCCUGCACAAUCAGUUUCAAGCCCUGCACAACCAGUUUCAAGCCCUGCACUUGAGAUGCCCAUGGAUGUAGAAAUGACUUCAAACAAUGUUGAUACCCUUGAUUCAACUGGGAAUGAUUUUACUGACACCUCUGCUCUAUGUGAAUGGGAUGACAUGGAUAUAUUUGGUGAUGAACUAGAGUACAUUCUUCAACAGCCAGAGCAGAACUUUCAAGUGGACCCUCCUCUAACAGUUGAAGAUUAUGGUUAUGAUCGUCCAUGGCUAGAGCAGGACUGUCAGAUGGUAGCACAACAGAAUUGCAAAAAUCCUCAAUAUGGUAAAGGGAAAACUAUUGAUCUGAUGUCCAUUAGUACUGAUCCGGUUGAGUUUCUGCAGAUUUGUGAUGAACAGAAUCUUGAGACUGGCAGGUUAGCCACCAUUGGGAGCCUGAAGACCGUCGGGAUUACUCAGAAUUCGGUAUACUAA